AUGAUGAAUAAUAAAAAACCAAAAACCAAAAAUCAAGAAAUCGAAGAAGCCAGAGGAUGGUAGGAAUAACAUUUGAAAAAGAUUAAGGUCAAACCAACAGAAUAAUUCAACCGAGGAUUUGAUGGCUGUUCAUAUUGAUAACAUUUCAAAUCAAUAAACUAUUGAAAAAUAUAUCUUUGAUUUACAACCAUUAGUUAAAUAACUUAGACUGCCUAGUUAAUGGAAGUAUCUUGAAAAAUUCUCGUUUAAAAAAAGUGGCUGCUCGCUAGAUGAUGGACUUGAUGUCAACUUUAACAACAGUGAGGAAGAGGAAAAAACAUAAACCAUUAGUCAGACCGAAUAGAAUAUUAGGGAUGCCAUCUGA